GAAUUAAGUUCAUGAAGAAUAUCAAGCUGUGAACUUUGCUGUUAAGUCCCACCCCUGUAGUAAUCACACCACACUUUCAGAAAAGAGGAAGAGUGAAACCAAGAGCAGUGCCUGUUUCUGUGAAAGAAUCCUCACUUCAGGCAACGAUACUUUGGCAGGCGCUUUUUUCCUUCAGAGCCCCAGCGACAUAAAUUCCGGAAGGUGGAUUUGUUGGACCAUGGUUCCUUCCUUAACCUUCCUGCUCCUCUUCAUGCUUUUGCUGAAUGGUACUUCGCCCAUUCCAAACACCCAACACAAAUUUCCAUAUAGCCAUAGACGCCAACAACUCUUCUGCAUGGGCUGUUACUUGCUACUGUGGUCACUACAUGCAAUUCCUGUGUGAAACUGCGCUAGGUCAGCUUGCUAUAUAUCUGAAGGACAUCUGGGCAUGCUUUGUACCAAGGAUUCUGCCAAACAAAAGCAUUGCAUCCAUCUUACUGGUGAUUUUGAAAUGUGAAGGGGAUGCAAAUUGGAUUAUUGCAGCACUGGAUCAUCCAUCUGCUAUUGCCGAGCCUCACACAACAUUGCCAGAAUGUGUGCUUAUGGUGUCCAUAGUAGAACAGCUUUCCCAGGUCCACAACUCUACAGCAAAAGAAGCUUUGGAGAGAUUCUGUAGCUACUUACCUGAAAAGCUGAACUUGCAAGGCAUUUGCUUUUUGAUUACUGAACUAUUUGGACCAAGCUUAAUUAAACUGUUAGAGAAGCACAUGAAUCCUGAUGUGGUGUGCCAUUCCAUUCACCUAUGUGAAAAAAGGGAUGGGCAACCAUAUUGUCAUCUGUACCCUGUUCCUGAGGUGGGCUUAAAUAUGGCUAUAAAGAAAUCAGAAAGACUGGCUGGAACUAAGAUCCUGGAAACUGUACGAAGGUUACCAAGCAUAUGUUCAUUUCCUUUUCUGAAGACCCUGUGUAAGAAAAUUGAAAGUUUUAUCCGACGUAAGUUACCUUAUGAAGAUAUGGAUGGAGAUAAAUUUAGCGUUUUCCCAACCUUGAGAGGUUAUCACUGGAGAGGCAGAGACUGUGAUGACCAAGAAGCCUCUGUGUAUCCGGGUAGACGCCCUCAUAACUGGGAUACAGAGAAAGAUUCUAACUGUAACGGCAUAUGGGGUGUUGAUCCAAAAGAUGGUAUCCCGUAUGAGCAGAAAUUCUGUAAUGGCACGGAGUCCAAAGGAGUUAUUAUCCUGGGAGAUUCAGCUGGGGCUCAUUUUCACAUCCCUCCUGAAUGGUUGACAGCAUCGCAAAUGUCAGUGAAAACAUUUUCCAACCUUCUGGAGGUAGUAAGUGAUGAACUUGAUUGGCCACAGUUUUCAGAAGUCACUGGAUUUCUCAACUCCACAGUCGGUGGAUGGACAGAGUCAAUCUACCUAGAGUUACUCAGAAGAAACCGCUGCAACCAUAGAGAUUACCAGAACCUUUCUAAAAAUGGUGCUGCUUCAGGAAACAUACAAGAUCUUGCAGAAAGUUUGGCAAGAAGUCAACAGUUUGACAAGCCUGCAAUAGUUAUAUUUGCCAUGAUUGGGAAUGAUGUCUGCAAUGGGAGCCCUGACACACUGGAGAAGAUGACACAGCCUGAGCAGAUGCACUCCAAUGUUAAAAAGACUCUGGAUUAUCUAGAUAAUCACCUUCCAAAGGGAAGCCAUGUGAUUUUAAUUGGCUUGGUAGAUGGCCGCUUCCUAUGGGAUAACUUACACAAGAGAUACCAUCCUCUUGGUCAAUUAAACAAAGAUGUUACAUAUGAGCAACUCUAUUCAUUUCUGAGCUGUCUUCAGGUGAAUCCAUGCAAUGGCUGGAUGUCUUCAAAUGGCACACUCAGGGACUUGACCACAGAGAGGGCCUUGCAGCUUUCCAGCAUCCUGAAAGAAAUAGCAACUUCCGAGAAAUAUGCUAAUUUUGAUCUCUUAUACUUGGAUUACCCACUGAAAGAAAUAGUUGAGAUGUGGCAGAAAUUCGGAGGAGAGCCCUGGCAGCUAAUAGAACCUGUUGAUGGUUUUCAUCCUAAUCAGAUUGCUUCUGCACUUGCGGCAAAAAUCAUCUGGCAGAAGUUACUCCAUGAUUGGCCUCAUGUUCUUCAAAAAGAAAAUCCAUUCAACAAGGAGAUUGGAAGAGUCUUCAAUACUCAAGGAGGGCACUGAUAUCACCACUCAGACAUGGCAACCAUUUCUCCAUCAAAGACCACAUUUCCACAGAAGUAAACUGCAAAUUCACUAGACCAAUUUAUUGAUGUGCCAUCAAGUCAUCUCUGACUUAUCGUGACCCUCCAAAAUGUCCUGUCCUUGACAGCCCUGCUCAGCUCUUGUAAGUUCAAGCCUUUAUGGAGUCAAUGCAUCACUUACUUGGUCUUCCUAUUUUUCUGCCUUCACUGUUGUUUUUAAUUUGUGAGUUCUUUCACCUCACUGUUAGCCUCAACAAUUGCAAGUUUCACUGUUGUUUUUAAUUUGUGAGUUCUUUCACCUCACUGUUAGCCUCAACAAUUGCAAGUUUCACUGUUAUGUUUUAACAAACAAUAUGAUUAGACAGGUUUGCAGACUGAUCGAUAUAGUACAUAUUAUGUAAAAUAUUAGGGCUAUAAACUAUGAUCAGUGACAAAUGUAAAGAGGUAAAGCAGAGAAAUGGACACAACCCAAUCAAAUUAUAUGCACCAGUUCCAAGGCUUCCAGACAUUUUACCCCGUGUCAUUUUGCCUCCAAUACUGGAAAUUUCCAUACAGGAGAAGCAUUGGAGCAAAGUCCUUUUUCUCUCUACUCUUGCAGAUCUGAGUUGUCCUUCUGCCCCUGGAAUGCCAUCCGAGUCUAUAUAAAAUUGUAAUCUGAAAUAUUAGAUAUCUUCUAAAAUAUCUGCUAGAAGCUAAAAAGAGGAUUCCUCCAUAUUAAAUGAUCCAUACAAGAUUGAUGAUUUGAAGAGAAGGGUUCUCAAACUGUUGAUAUCAUGAUUUACUCAUGAUUUUCUCCAAUUCUUCAUUUUUCUUCAAAAAGUCAACUUAGAAAAAAGCACAUGGAAGAAAAUUCUGUUGGAAUUUUUAUUUGACUGAGAUUUGGAAGGGCAGCAAUGAAGGAACUAGAAAAUGUAAAGAUUUCACUGGAGACCAAGGUCAUCCGUUCUAUUUUAUUCCUGAUCACUAUGUAUGGG